UUCAUGCUUGACUGGAGACAGCACUACCAGCAGCUCUUCUUCAGAGAGAGAGAGAGAGAGAGAGAGAGAGAGAGAGAGCUACAUAGACAGACAGAAGGAGACAGAUACCAAUGUCUUUGCUAAUAUUUCCACUAAGGAAAUGUUGGAGCAGUUAGAUGCUUCCUUUGCCUCUAAUAACACCACAGAUUGAUCUGUUCUCUCUGGGACUACCACACAAUUAGCAUUCCUGUUUCUUAGAUUUACCAUCAAAAGAGGGUUUUUUGGAUCACAGCCUGAAUACUUUUUACCUCCCGGGCGGUUGCCAGGGCAUCUAAACAGAAUCGUCUUGUGUAGUUGUGCAUUUUGCGUAAAGGCAUCCUCAUGGAUGUUAAAUGUGAAAGCUGGACACAACAACCCAUGUCUCAGAUUCGAGCUGGACAGGAUGGUACGUCUGACAUAGCAUGGAGGAGAUCUAGAGAUGAACUUUCAUGGAAAAGACCUCCUCGGGCAGCUCGUCCACACAGCUGUAUAGAAGGCAGACUGAAGGACGAGUUUAUUCAAACAUUGAACAAUUUACAGAUUUGUCCCCUUCAACAGCAGAUGCCUCCUUCCCCCCAGGAGAACGACAUCCCUGAGAGUGUAAGCCUUAGUUUGGUGGCAAGCUCUCAGAGCAGUCUGGAGUCUCUGUGUUCUCAACUGGAGAGCAGAGAAAGAGUUCAAAUUAAGACAGCACCGAGCACUCAGAGGGCCAAGGUAUGCUGCCUUGCUCCAGUUCGGAUUGGAUGGCUGCCUUUACAAAGACAUGUGGUGAAGAAAGAUGGGCAGAAUGAUGCAGCUCAACAGGAUGGCACCAGCUGCAAGGUGAAGCUGAAGCCACCUAUUACCCCUGUAUUGAGCUGCAGUUCUGUCAAAAUGUAUGGAUCAGAGCCUGAAGAUGCUUCCGCUAGACUUGGGGUAAAGGGAAUGUCAGGCUCCAUCCCUGUACAGGCUGAUGGUAAAAGAAAGGUCAUUCCAGCAGAAAGAAAUAAGGACACGCCGUUUGAUCGGGCCACCAGCGUGCAGAACACACCCCCUGACAGAUUUCUGUGGCAAACCCCAGAGCACAGGAGAGGGAGCGUUCCCCAGGUAUCCCUUCUCACAGCACCCCCUGUAGGCGAUAGAACAUCUCCCAAACACAGCAGCUCUAUAUCCUCCAUUACAAUCACCUCCAGAAAGGUCAUCCGUUCCUCAAGCAUGCCUGAUACCAGCAUAUCCGGCCAGGAUAGAGACAGGAUGGCUUUAAACAACCACAACUAUGACCCAGAUUAUUCAAACAGUCUAUGCCCGACAGAGGUCACUCCACAGAGGAAAGCCCUUGUGGUCAAAAUUACUGAGCAAAGAGAAGAAACCAAUAGAUUUCUGCAGCCAGAUGCUAAAAAUGUCCCUGUCUUUAGUUUCUCUCCAAGAAGGACUACUGGAGAAACAUGCUUCUCCACUAGAAUGAGCUCUGGAGCUGCAGCUUCUGAUCUCUCCAGCAUGAAGAACCACCCCUUACAAGCUUCUUUAAGUCUGACUAGUAGAGAUAACCUUAUAUCAGAAAAGUCUCAAAUAACCCACACAGAAUGCCACUCUCAAAUCCCUUCUUGCCUAGCCACCCAAGAGUCCCAGAAGCCAGUGGUCCUCCGGAGAAAACCCACCAUUAUCAAGGUGCAGGAGCAAAGAGACAGCUUAAGCAGAGUGGACAAUGGCAAUAAUAGGAAUGUGGCCUACAGGCACAGCUUCAGUGGCCUCAAAAUCACUGAUAUGAAACCACAGUUAGACAAUAAAUGCACACUUUCUGGAUCUGAGAUGCAAGCUGCAAAUAGCCAAACCAACCUAUACAGGUCAACAGUGUCCCUCCAGAUGACAUCCUCCAAUCAAUGUCACCUGGAUAACCCACAUGCUGCAAGAGGAUCCCUACCCCGGAGGCCUGCUAGUUGUUAUGCUAGUCUGUUUAGCCCUGUUGAGGCAAAUGCUGGUGAAAUUCAAAACACUAUUUCUGUGCUACCCCAUGAGACAAAUAUUGGCCCUGUAUGCUCCACAGCCAGCACCUCAAACAGGUGUUGGAGCAGUAAAGGAGGAGAAGAAAAUCAUGACAGGAUUUAUCUAAGGACGGGUAGCUCUUCAUUGGAUAAAGCCCAAAGCAUGAUGGAGUCUGAUCUUCUGAGGAACCAGCCUUUAACUCUCAUCAAAGUCCCAGAAAGCUCAACCCAUGAGACCUACGAUGCUAUAGUAGCCCUGAAUGCUGCUGCCAUUAUAGCCAAUAUAAAGCUGCAUAGUGACCAGAAGAAAAGAACCCAGAGCGAUGGCAACUCAACUGGAAAAAGAGCCUCAACUUCCAUGAGCAAACCUGCAGGAGCCAGAGCUGAUAACGUAAGCGUUGCUGAGAAAAGCAUAACAGUUUCCUGUCCUGUUGAAAGUGGGACAGCCACAAAUAUGAAGCCAUGGAAUGCUGAGGCUGUUCCACUUGAGACUACUGACGACUUAUUAUCACAAUCUCACACCCUUAGUAAAGCACUGGGGCAUCAGAGGGCAGAUUUCAUCAGGCAAUCUCUUAGCUCACACCAGCACAAUCUCCAAUCCACUCAGGCACAGAAAGAUAACAUUUUCGAAUCGGCGGACCAAAAUAUCUUGGGGAAGCAGAUGCGACUGCAGUUCAGACAGUGAAUUCUAAUCGGCGCUGAAGUCACACAGCACAUUUCCUCCUCCUUUCUGUAUCUCUCAUACCCCAUUUCAGUCUCACUUACUCCCUCCUCCUGAUGCUCCUAUAUCUCCUCUAUCUCUAUUCAUCAUGAGUGAGGUGUUUUGAGUUCCUGACUGCAGGGUUUUACUGCUCAUAGUAUUUUGUUUGUCUCCAUACUGCUGAAGAAACUUAAUCUGAUAUAUGAAGUUUGUAUUAUGUUUCCGGCUGAUCCUGAAAGCAGGAGAGCUUCACAGUAAAUAAUCUCAAUUGAUUGAGAGCGUUGCACGGACCAGCUUGUCUGCGCUGUCGUUCAGAUAACGCUGUCGGCUCUGCUUCCAUAUUUGUAAUAACAUCUGCACACCAUCAUGACUAAUCUCUCCGUCUCUCUUUAUGUGUAGAAUUAGUGAGUGUGAGAAAUGUGUAAGAUAGACUAACCAAAACUGGCUUUUUUUAUUCGUCCCACAAGAUACUCCAUGUGGUUUUAUACCAUAAGCGUAAUGGGAUUAAAUGUUAAAUAUCGCUCCAUAGCCUUUUUCUCAGCACCAUUAAAACAACAACAACAAUAAUAAUAAUGCAUUCAAUAAUAGACCUAAAUUGGACGAUGCAGCAGAAAGUAUUUCGACUUCAAAGAAACACUGAUUUGAUCAUAAAUUUGUAUUUCUGUAGGUUCUUUCAUGUUUUCCUAAUGUUUGUGUCAGUUUCCUUCAUCACUUUUGCUAGUAGGUGCCAUACAUCUGUUUGUGUAUAUGCGGUUGUGUGUGUAUGGUGCCCUGUGAUGCACUGGUGCCUCAUGGUGUAUUCCCACCUAGUGUUCCAGUGUUCUGUAUGGUCUAAAGACCACCAUGUCUCUGAACAUGAUUAAGCAGUGACUGUAGUUAAUGCCUUUUAAAAUGUACUGUAUGUUUGACUUUAAAUAAAGACGAAUGUCAAUAAAUAA